UGAAUUUAAAAACGUUGCGUUUAAAACUCCGCGUCGCAUUCUUAUGUGAUCGAUGCGUUACCGCUGAGAAGAGGAACGAUGGAAGAUUCGAAACAACAACAGCAGCAGCAGCAGCGAAAGAAGAACUACCGAAAGCGAAGUGCUUCAAACGAAGAACACCAAUUCCCACAGUCGCAAAACAAUGAAUCCGACGACGAACGAGAAAGAAGAAUGGCAUUGGAAGAGAUUAAGCUUCUCCAGAAGCAGAGGGAAAGGAAAUCGGGAAUUCCAGCAAACCCUAGUUUGCUAGUGCAGACUGGAAUUACCGGUGGUUUAGCCGCGAAAGCCUCCGACAAGAACGACGGCGACGGUGGUGACAAGGACGAGCUCGUUCUUCAAGACACCUUCGCUCAAGAGACCGCUGUUAUGGUCGAAGACCCCAAUAUGGUCAAGUAUAUUGAGCACGAGUUAGCGAAGAAGAGGGGUAGGACAAUUGAUGCCGCAGAUCAAGUUGAAAAUGAGUUGAAACGUGCUGAGGAUGAACUGUACAAGAUCCCUGAGCAUCUUAAAGUAAAAAGGCGAAAUUCAGAAGAAAGCUCUACUCAGUGGACUACUGGUAUUGCUGAGGUUCAGCUUCCAAUCGAAUAUAAAUUAAAAAAUAUUGAAGAAACAGAGGCUGCUAAGAAGCUUCUACAGGAAAAGAAGCUUUUGGGUCGGACAAAAUCGGAUUUCAGCAUUCCAUCAAGUUAUAGUGCUGACUAUUUCCAGCGUGGCCGGGAUUAUGCUGAAAAACUUAGAAGAGAACAUCCAGAGUUGUACAAAGAUAGAAGUGUACAGGAUGACAGUUCUGGAUCCAAACAAAAUGAUUCCAGCACUGAUGCAGCUGGAGCAGUAAGGAGGCAGGCUGCAACAGAUGAAUUCAUGUUAGAGCGCUUCAGGAAACGAGAACGUCACCGUGUAAUGCGAAGAUGACAUGAAGGCUAUACUUUCUGGCAUAUUUUACAAACAUACCAUCAAGGAUUGGUAGAACCCCAACUUCUGUUGAAUGGCAUGCCAUUGAUUUGCACCAAUUUCUUCAGUGUUAAAAUUGCAGCAGAAGAUCGUACAGCUGCUCCAGCGUUAAUUUUUGUUGGUUGUCGUUUCUUUUUCAGAAAAACUGUUAAGUAACAAGAAUGUAUUAUUUUAGCCACUGCCAGCAUCAAGUCUGACUAUUAAGUGGCCUAUGAUAAGAAGCAACUAGAGAAUUGUGAUACUUGGCACAUCUUUUUGGUUGGACAUCGGUAACUUGUUGUUAGCCUGUAAGUAUGAACAAUUUUGGCAAUGGCCAAAGUGGUGAUGCUGCUAUCAGGUUCCUUGUAGGCCGAUCUGCAUGUAUUAUAAUGAAACCUAAAAGUAUUUUUUUUUUCCC